CUUUCCUUUCUCACGCACGCCGCACUUCUCUUUGCAAACACAGACAUCAUGGCGGACGUACUGGAUCUUCAUGAAGCGGGAGGCGAGGAUUUUCCUAUGGAUGAGGAUGAGAGCAUCCACAAGUUGAAAGAGAAGGCAAAAAGAAGAAAGGGGAGAGGUUUUGGUUCAGAGGAAGGAGCCCGGUCCAGAGUAAAAGAGGACUAUGAUACAGUAGAACAAGAUGGUGAUGAGCCCGGACCUCAGAGAUCUGUGGAGGGUUGGAUCCUGUUUGUGACAGGGGUCCACGAGGAGGCCACUGAGGAGGACAUCCAUGACAAGUUCGCAGAGUUUGGAGAGAUCAAAAACCUUCAUCUUAACCUUGACCGCAGAACAGGUUACCUUAAGGGUUAUGCACUUGUAGAAUACGAGACCUACAAGGAGGCCCAGGCAGCCAUGGAAGGGUUAAAUGCCCAGGACAUGAUGGGCCAACCCAUCAGUGUUGACUGGGGCUUUGUCAGAGGGCCACCCAAGGGAAAGAGGAGGGGUGGUGGAAGGAGGCGCAGCAGAAGUCCAGACAGGAGACGGCGCUGAUCUCAGAUCAUCUAUGUCACCUCCAAUUGGCAAAGGACAUGCCUGUCACUUCCACAGGCAGUUUCAGAUCACUCUCAGAAGAGUACAUGUUAUUACUUUUGUUCUGUAUUUUACGUAAUGUAUCUCGCUAACAGACGUAUGGUGUUCAUUUCUCAACAGUAUACAUGAAUAGCUUCAUAGUCAUGUUCCUGAACCCACCUUUUUUUGGUAGUAAUUGGAGGAACUUUUUUUUUCUUUUUUAUGAAUUCCCUCAAUGCUAUUUGAGGGGUAAUGUUCUUAGCAGCCUGCUACUGUUUUGUGUCGUUAUACCAAGGCUAUCACAUGGGGAAUUAAAUACUUUUAAAAUGA